UCAGUCUCAUUCAGCGAGUCGGCGGGCGUUGAGUUUGAGUGCGAAGUGCGGUGCGCGUCGAGUCAGCGAGCGUUGAGCAGCAGCAACAACACGGCGGCAACAGCGGCGACAGCAGCAACACCACCAACUAGCAACUAGCAACACCAACGGCAGCAACACAACCGAGCGGUUCCGGUGCGCGUUUUCGAGUGGCAUCCAAAGCGGCGAAUAAAAAAAACACACAGAGUCCCCCAAAAAACCGUCGGAAAAACAGGGCCUCAAUAAAAUGCCUCCUGUUCAUUGAAAAGUCCCCUAAUUGAAUCCCACCCGUUUUGCUGUUCCUAAAAUCUCAAAAGCGUGGCAUGGCAACCACCACAUCCCCCGGGCCCACAAGGACAACCAAUAAAGUUUCCAUACCAGUAGCAUCAUCCGGCAUUUCGAUACCCGGGAGCUGCGAGUCCCCGGGAGCAAUCAUGCCCAUGGCCGGCGUGCCAAUGCCGUCGCAUCUGCAACUUUUGGGCAGUUCCGCCGGGGGCGUUGGUCAGCCGUCGGCAAUCACACCCGUCUCGCCCACGGCAGCAACCACAGUCCUCGCCCAGCCGCACAGUCUGAGCCCCUCCACGCCCAUCCUGACCCAGGUGACACCCCCUGCUCCGGCGCUGGGCGGCCUCUUCUGCGGAGGCAGUGCAGCAGCGGGACCAGGGGCUGCGGGGGCGGCGGCAGCGGCGGCGGCCACAAAUCUCAACGCCCUGGCCUCCCAACACAGACUUAUGGAGCUAUCCCGCUUUGGCCUUCGAGGAUAUGAUCUGGCCCAGCAUAUGCUAUCCCAGCAAGGAGCUGUCUCCAAGCUGCUGGGCACCCUGCGACCACCUGGCCUAAUUGGCGGCUCCAAGCCCAAGGUGGCCACCCCGACUGUGGUCUCCAAGAUCGAGCAAUACAAGCGCGAGAAUCCAACGAUCUUCGCGUGGGAAAUCCGCGAGCGACUGAUCACCGAAGGUGUCUGCACUAAUGCCACAGCUCCCUCGGUGAGCAGCAUCAAUAGAAUAUUGCGGAAUCGGGCGGCGGAAAGGGCGGCUGCCGAGUUUGCCCGGGCGGCGAGUUACGGCUAUGCCAUUCAUCCCACGCAUCCGCAUCCCUACACCAGUUUUCCCACCUGGCCAACGCAUCAUCCUCUCUGGGGAGCCGUUCCCCUGACCGCCGGACCUGGUGGACCACUGCAGCCCGGAGGAAGUGGCAGCAGUUACGGCAGUGAUGGCAACAUGAGCUCAAAUCCCAACAGCAGCAACAGCAACACCACCCACAGCAACAGCAACGGGAAUGGAAACAAUACAAAUAGUGGCAGUGCCUGUGGAGACAGCAGUGCGGGCAGUGGACGCCUCUCCCUGCCGGCCCUUUCUCCGGACUCGGGGAGCCGGGAUAGUCGUUCCCCGGAUGCAGAUGCCAACCGGAUGAUAGACAUCGAGGGCGAGGACAGCGAGUCGGACAGCGACCAGCCGAAGUUCCGAAGGAAUCGCACCACCUUCAGUCCGGAGCAGCUGGACGAGCUGGAGAAGGAGUUCGACAAGUCGCACUACCCAUGUGUAAGCACCCGCGAAAAACUGGCAGGUCGAACGGCCUUGAGCGAAGCCAGGGUGCAGGUUUGGUUUUCCAACAGACGAGCGAAAUGGCGGCGCCACCAGCGGGUCAACUUGCUCAAGCAGCGCGACUCGCCCUCGACCUCGAGCUCACCCAGUCCGGUGGCCCCAGCUCCAACUGCAGUUCCGCCUGCAGCUCCAUCUGCAGUUCCAGCUGUCGAAUGUGGCCAGCAGAAGCAGCCAUAUCCAUACGGGAAUCCAGGGAUGACAGGGAUUACAGGGGUCACAGGGAUCACCGGGAACACAGGGAACACAGGAAUCACCGGGAUCAACACGAGCAGCACCUUGGGGAACAGCGGCCACCACAUGGUAGAGCCACCUCCAGUGGUGGCGCCAACUGCCUCACCCACAGCAUCAGUUCCAUUAUCAAUGGGCGGUGAGAACAGCGCCUUCCGAGCUUUGCCCAUGACCUUGCCCUCGGCUUCGGCGGCGGCCUUUGCCCUCAGUUUUGCCCGCCAGUAUAUAGCCAAAUAUAUGGGCACGCCCAUUAAUCUGGCCCACCAACCAGGUGCUGUUCGGAAUCAGGAUCAGUCGGAUGAGGAGGAGGAGGAGGACGAGGAGGAGGUAAUCAACGUGGAGCACGACGCCGAGUGACCAUUUUUCCUAUCGCUUUAAAUCGAGAAUAUAGUGCAAUUUUUACUUAAUUUAUUCAGUUUUAUAGCACCGUUUCUAACCGCGUGCUGAGUACAAAUAAAAUCGAAACGAUCAUAAAUGCGUGCGAUAA